UGUUUCUGUAUUUGCACGUGAAGAAGAUAUCAUCUAUAUAUUUAUAUAUAUAGAUGAUAUCUCUUUAAAAUUAGUGGAUAUUCAAGCUGUUAACAAUUUAUAUGCUGUAUAAAUAUAUUUCGUAUUGAUUUACCUUUGUCUUAAAAUAUUGUUGUAGGUGCAACAAUUUCAUGACAUCAGUAUUUACUACAAUGAUUUUUGUCCCAAGGUUUUACUGUCACAUCGUGCUGUCAGCCCACACUUUAGUGGGAAAGAUUCUGCUUUUUUUUUAAAUUAAACUGCACUCACAUUUGCUACUGUUUUUUGCAUAUGACUCAACAUGAAGCUUCUACAGUGAUUUUACAGCUUUACUUGGACUCAAAGGUUUGUUUGUGAACCUUAUUGAAGACAAUGAUGCAUCAUGAAGAUUAAGGAACAUAUAAAACAAGUCAGGGAUGAAGUUGUGGAAAAACUGAAAGCAGGGUUGGACUAUAAAACAAUUCCCAAGCUUAAAACAUUUAGCAGAGCAAUGCUGAUUUCAUGAUCUGAAAUUAAAAAUUGAACAGCACAAUUGCUAACUUUCCAAAAAUUGAUUUGAUUCUUGCUUAAAUUGAGAGGUUGGUGAAAGAGAACAUAAACCAGAGAAGCAGCUAGAAAAAGCCAUAUUGACUCUGCAGGAGCUGCAGAGAUCCACAGUUCAGGUGGGAUGGACCUGUUGACAGUUGUUGAAAAUUUCCCAAAUUUUUCCCCUUUCCGUUUUUCUGUUUUCAUGUCUUACCUAUUUUGAGUAAAACAGCAGGAAAAUAUGGCUUGCUAAGUAUAACUAAAUACUCUGAUCAAAUUAAAUAGUAAUGGAUGAACAAUUACUUAUUUAAUAGGAAUUGUUUGCAGUGCUAGUUAUUGUGACAGCAAUGACAAAUAUUUCAGUCAAAUUUGUUUCCAGCUGAAUAAAUAUGCUAAAAUUGAAGGUUCGUUUAAAAAAAAAAAAUUCCAGUGUGAGGUUAACCACCGCAACAAAGAUCAAUACUUUUUAAGGAUUUAGCGCAUCAUUACAAGGUGUGGUGAUAAAUGUGAAAUGCACUGCGGAUGUGAAAGGCAAAGGAAAUGGUAAUCAUGGUGGUAAAUUACCUAAAGAGGAACAUUAUGAACACUGAGAGACUAUUAACCUGCAUAAAGAUUCCAUCUGUGAAGUCAGAGUCAUAUUCAAAGUUCUGUUAGUGAAUAUAGAUUUGACACCCCACAGUGAGAGAAUUAAUCAUACACCGUUUCCAGGAGCUCUCCCACUGUGAAGUCUGGCUACAGAACAGACAUUAUACAACUACUCCUUGCUCUCUGCAGUUGUUUUUAGCAUAUUUAGUGCACCUCUUACGCCCACCUUUAACACAUCUCCCCAAAUCAACUGGGAUUACACAGCAGAGUAUGAAUCGAGAGUGAUUUUAGGCUCUUUGAGUAGUUUAGUGGCAAAGAGAGAGCGCUUCCUAAGCCCUCAUUGUUGUGAGAGCUGUGUGUGUCUGUCUGGGGUGUUUCAGUGUUUAAUGGCCUCACUAUUUCCUGAAUAAAAUGAAGCUGACGCUUUUAUGGCAGAGGGAAGACUCCGACUGGGUGCUUGUGAUCAAUCAAAGACGUAAUUGAUUAAGAAGAGCGGGACUAUUUCUGUCUUCCUACUCGUAUUUUUUUUUUCCCUGCCUGGGGCACGCUCUCACAUUUCUAUCCUCUAACUUCCUUUCCAAUGAUUCCGUAGUGUUUUUUUUCCUUUCUUCCCUUAUUUUCCUAAAUCCAUCACGAUAAUUGCAGAGCUUGCCUUCUUUUGUCAAUUUUCCUUUAUUUUGUGAUCUGACAGACAUUUUUCUCCGCUCUACUACCCCCACCCACCACCCUCUGUCCAGGAUCAGUGCAGGGUCCACACCAGCGUUAUCUUCUCAAAGAACUGAUGAGGGACUACAACCCUAUGGAGAGACCAGUGGCCAACGACUCCCAGGCCCUCACUGUUCACUUCUCCUUCACUCUAAUACAGGUCAUGGAUGUGGUAUGCCUCAGUAGUCCUAAUUAUUAUUAUUAACUCAGAAAAUACUGUUAACCAAGAAAAAUCUAGAGGAAAAGUCAGAGUUGUUUAUAUGGUUACCAAAACAUUUUAUUUAAUUUUACAUUAGAUCUUUCAGGCGUUUGAUCUGUUCAUUAUGUAAAGGGUUUGUGUUGGGGUUUUUUUUUAGCAGUAUUCCAUCCAUUUUCAAUCCACACAACCUAGCCAUUACCUGAAAAACCUUCACACAAACAAGCCUAGCUAGACUGCUGGAUAAAAGGAUGAGAAGAAUCAGAUCCUCACCACAAAUGCCUGGCUGCAGAUGCAGUGGUAUGACCACUAUCUCCAGUGGAAUCAGUCAGAGUAUCCUGGAGUCAAGAACCUCCGUUUUACCCCUGACCAGGUCUGGACCCCUGACAUAUUGCUCUACAACAGUGCUCACGAUAAGUUCGAUGCCACGUUUAAGACCAACGUGCUGGUUAACUCGAGUGGCUUCUGUGAGUAUCUGCCUCCAGGGAUAUUUGUCAGCACGUGUAAUGUGGAUGUGAGAUGGUUUCCAUUUGACAUCCAGCGCUGUGAGCUGAAGUUUGGCUCAUGGACUUUUGACGGCUGGCUGCUGGACAUCCAGAUGAGGGAGGCAGAUGUGUCGGGGUACAUGACCAAUGGAGAGUGGGACCUUAUGGAGGUCCCCGGAGGUCGUAAUGAGGUUUUCUAUGACUGCUGUGCAGAGCCGUACCCAGAUGUGACGUUUGUGGUAACGCUAAGAAGGAGAACCCUGUUCUAUGCUCUCAACCUGCUCAUCCCAUGCGUGCUCCUGUCCUCCAUGACCCUGCUGGUCUUCCUGCUCCCCGCCAACUCGGGGGAGAAGAUCAGCCUCGGCAUCACCGUUCUGCUUUCUCUAACUGUCUUCAUGCUGAUGGUUGCAGAGAUAAUGCCCGCCACUUCCGACUCCGUGCCACUGAUCGGUCAGUACUUUGCCAGCACCAUGGUGAUUGUUGGUAUGUCGGUGGUAGCCACAGUCAUUGUCCUCCAGUUUCAUCACCACAGUCUGAAUAGUGGACAAAUGCCACGCUGGGUGCACUUGGUUCUGCUGCAGUGGGUUCCUUGGUUUCUGCGCAUGAAGCGACCAGGAGAGGGAGCAGAACCCACUCUAUCCAGCAGCCAAGCAGACUCUCACAGCAAGACUCUAUCCUCUCCGACGACCACCACCACCACCACCAUCCCCAUCCCUAUCCCAGCUUCUUCCAUCCUGCCACAAAGUCUCGGUGCCCUGCAGGCGAGCUUGGCACAGCUUAGCCACCCUCUGUCCCACCAACUUCCUCAACGCCCCCAGGUUAAUAUCCAGCCUAAUGCAAGCUCCAAUCCACCACCUCAGCCCAAUGGUCAUUUGCCUUACAUGGGCUUUCAGACCUUCCAGACCACAGCAGAACUAGAACCUGUUCAGAGGUGCCGGACUACCAGCCAUGGGCGGGCCAACAGAGGAUCUGGUGGAGGAGGAGAAGGAGAUGAAGGGGCAGCAGUAGGAGGAGGUGCGGUGGGAACGAUUGGAGAUAUACCAAUACAUCAGCACCUCCAGUCUUCAAAGUUUGUGAACCCCCCACUGGAAACUCUAGUAUCUCCAGACCCUGAGCAUACAGGCGCAGCCACUGGACCCUGUGGCUUAGAUCCUGGGGGUGGGAGAUCAGCUGCCCUACAGAGCCACAGUGGGAUGAUUCGAUCUGUUGCUGUGGACAACCAGCUACAGGCUCUUCUAACGGAGGUGCAGUUCUUAGUGGAACGCGUUCGCGAGCAGGACCGUCAGCUGAGUUUAGCAGAGCAGUGGCAGUUCGCUGCUGCCGUCAUCGACCGCCUGUGCCUGGUCGGAUUCAGUGUUUUCAACAUCAUCUGCACAAUUGCUAUCCUCAUGGCUGCUCCUAACUUUGGGAUAGCUUUAUCAAAAGACUUCCUCUGAGAGAUAAAGAAGCAAGUCGGAGAAAGAGGGUGGUGCGAUGAGACGCUGAUGGUAGCACAAUUUUGAUUUUAAAAGCGGGAAAGGACUAUUCUCAGUGACUCAGAAACUUUAGAGUUAAUUUUCUUAUGGGACAUACUGUAUAUAGAACUCAUUAUGUAGCAUAUGUGAAAAUAAUCAAAUCUGACUUGAAUUAAACUUGUAUAAAGACUAGCAUUUGUAAGAUUAUGCCCAGUUGAGAGCAGUACAGGGUUACAUUUAUUCUUGUGUGUCUUCAUUUCAACUAUAAAUUGUGACAUUUUGAAAUUAUGCAGUUGGUUUGCCUGCUUCCACUGGGCUUUGCACUUUCUGAAGGUUUUGGUUUAAUCUCUAUGUCGAGGCCUGCCAACAGCAGCCGUCAGCUCUUACUCAUUAAGCUAACUAGCUGAACAUGGCAAUCAGACACCCAUCAGUUAAAGCCAAUGCUACAUGUGCUAAUGAACAGCAAAUCUUUGAUCCAUCAGGGCGUAAACCUGGAUAACCUGUGUCAAACUGUAGAGAUUGAGGAAUGUUUCCUUGCAUCUGGGAUAAUGAAGAAAUAAACAUAUAUCCACUGCCUUAA